AUGCUUAUCAACUGUGGCUCCCUGUCAGAGUUUACUCGGACACGAUAUGUGAUCCACCUAUCCACUGGGAAGCGACUGGUCUUAUUUCGCUUACCCUCUAUCGACCCGUCUGGCUCAAAAUCCAAUGAGACCCAAGGAUGGUCAUACUACGCUAUGGAGGCCGAGUGCCCCCACGCUGGCGGUCCCAUGGCCGACUCACAGGUCGACAUUGAAGAUUCAGCAUACGUCGUAUCCUGUCCCUGGCACGCAUAUGAUUUCAACGUCGAAACGGGAGAGUCGAGUGUGGGCAUCAAAGCCUGCACAUUUCCUGUCGACGUGCGCGAUGGAUCUGUGACGAUAGAUUUUCCAGUCGAAGACGGUGUUUCCGUCGGCCUGGGUAAGGUCGAACCUGUCAGCGAGAAAGUGAAGCUAAAGCACCCGCGACCCUCUGACAAGCCUGCACCUGCACCUAAGCAAGAAGAUCCUGGCAUGGCGCGCUAUCUUAGUAACGACGCGACAUUGUGUGAUUGGGCUGUUCAUAUUUUGAGCACUGCUAAUCCAGAGCACAAGAUUGAACUGACCACUCACCUGUACAACAUUUUCACAUCCAGAGAAGGAACUUCCUCACCUAUGGACAUUGGAAGGGGUACAGUGACCGCCCCAGACCAACCCCCGCGUGAGAAUAUGGUUGAAGUGAAGCCAGGCGCCAUGCCUAAAACUGGGAAGGGCGGGUCUCUAAAAAGCAGAAUCGCAAUGCUCCAUGCACUAGCCAACAUCGAGCUAUGGGCCAUCGAUCUAGCAAUCGACAUUUGCGUUCGAUUUUCGACAUUCAAGACAACCGAAGAGUCUCCCCAAGAGCUACCCCGGGCAUAUUUCCAUGACUGGCUGAAGGUCGCAAGCGACGAGGCCAAGCACUUUUCUCUCCUACGUACCAGGAUCGAGGAAAUGGGAUCUCAUUUUGGCGAGUUGCCUGUACACCACGGUCUCUGGCAGUCUGCAACGGAAACGGCACACGAUCUCAGAUCUAGAAUUAGUAUCAUCGCCUUGGUUCACGAAGCUCGAGGCCUUGAUGUCAAUCCCAUGACGAUUCAAAAGUUCCGCAACGCUGGAGAUCAUGAGAGCGUUGAGGCGUUGGAGGUUAUUCAUAACGAUGAGAUCACGCACGUUACAACGGGCCAUCGAUGGUUGACCUGGAUAUGUGCCCAGGAGGGCACAGACCCGGUACAAGUCUUCCGUGACAACGUUUCAAAACAUUUCCGGGGGAGCAUUCAGGGACCGUUCAACGAGGAAGCUCGCUUGCAGGCAGGCAUGGAUCGUCGUUACUACGGGACUACUCCGACUCCGGUUGCAGCUUCAUAA